AUUACUUUUAUCCUUUCAUAUCUAUAAAUAUUGGCGAAUUACAAAUUUUCAAAAUGGUUGAUGGAGUUCACAAAGAAUUUGUGCAGACGUUUAUUAAUUUUUUGAAACACCCGAACACUUCUCAAAAUUUGUCCUCAGAUUGUAGAGAAAGUGUUGAUGUUGCAAUUCAAUGUCUUCAAACCGCGUUUGAUAUAUCCGAUGAGGUGGCAUUGCAAUCCUCGCUAGCUUCGGAAAAUCAGAGUGAACAUGAACGAAAAAGUAGUAUUGAUUUGUUUGAGAUAUUUCAAACUUUUUUUAUUGAUCGGAAUCCAAAAGCAACACAAAUGGCCGAGUCAUUCAAAAAUGAAGGUAAUAGACUCAUGAAAGAAGGAAAAUAUAAUGAAGCUCUUUUGCAGUAUAAUCGUGCUAUAAGCUUUGAUCCAAGGAAUGCCAUUUAUUACUGUAAUCGUGCAGCUGCAUAUAUUCGUUUAAAUUAUAAUGAAAAUGCUGUCACAGAUUGUAAGACAGCAUUAUUGUAUAAACCUACAUAUGGCAAAGCUUAUGGAAGGCUUGGUAUAGCUUACUCUAAUCUGAAAAAAUUUUCGGAGUCACAACAAGCUUAUGAAUUGGCAAUUGAAUUGGAACCGGAAAAUCAGGAUUAUCGUAACAAUUUGGAAGUAGCUCGCAACGCCGCUCAAUUACGUGAUUCAAUUCCUCAGAUAUCAGAUAGUAUAAAUUCUAUGCUAUCUUCGCAAGCAAUUCGGAACUUAGUUAAUGAUGCUGAAAUAGAUUUAGGACAAUUGCAGGCUUUGAGCCAAUUAGGAACGAAAAUACUCCUCGUUCGAGAUUUACAGGAGCAUAGCGUCUGCGGAAUCGAUUAA